CGUCUGCGCGCUGGUCACGCCUCCCGCCGCUGCUCGCCCGUCGCCCGUCGCCUGUCAUGAACUCCGAGAACUUCCAGGCCGGCGAGAGGCUGGUGAACGCGGCUUACGUGCGGCAGGGAUCGCAAGGCCGCCGCGCCCACGAGCUGCGAGUGCGGACGCUGCUGGAACAGGGCAAAUGUCCUGAAGAAGGAUGGGACGAAAGCACAAUUGAACUCUUCCUUCACGAACUUGCAAUUAUGGAUAGCAAUAAUUUCCUUGGUAAUUGCGGUGUGGGUGAGCGAGAAGGAAGAGUCGCGUCCCAAAUAGUGGCUCGGAGACAUUACAGAUUGAUUCAUGGAAUCGGACGGUCCGGAGACAUCGCGGCGGUCCAGCCCAAAGCGGCAGGCUCCAGUCUCUUGAACAAACUGACUAAUUCAGUGGUCUUGGAUAUUUUAAAGCUUGCUGGGGUCCAGGCCACCAGUAGCUGCUUCGUGGUUCCCAUGGCAACCGGCAUGAGCCUCACUUUGUGUUUCUUAACGCUCCGGCACCAAAGACCAAAGGCCAGGUAUAUUCUCUGGCCUCGCAUCGACCAGAAAUCCUGCUUCAAAUCCAUGGUUACCGCAGGUUUUGAGCCCGUGGUGAUAGAAAAUGUUUUAGAAGGAGACGAGCUACGAACUGAUCUCCAGGCCGUGGAAGCUAAAAUCCUGGAUCUUGGGGCUGAGCACGUCCUCUGUGUUCACUCCACGACGUCCUGUUUUGCUCCAAGGGUCCCUGACAGAUUGGAGGAACUGGCUGAGAUGUGCGCCAAGUACAAUGUCCCCCACAUUGUGAAUAAUGCGUAUGGAGUUCAGUCUUCCAAGUGCAUGCAUCUCAUUCAGCAGGGCGCCCGAAGAGGCCGGAUCGAUGCCUUUGUGCAAAGUUUGGACAAAAAUUUCAUGGUUCCAGUAGGUGGUGCUGUCAUCGCUGGCUUCAGUGACGCCUUCAUACAGGAAAUCAGCAAAAUGUAUCCAGGCAGAGCCUCGGCUUCUCCUUCCUUAGAUGUGCUCAUUACGCUGCUGAGUUUGGGCACCAAGGGAUACCGGCAACUUCUUCGAGAAAGAAAGGAAAUGUUUUCAUACCUUUCAACAGAGGUGAAAAAAUUGGCAGAAAACUACAACGAAAGAUUGUUGGACACACCACACAAUCCUAUCUCUCUAGCCAUGUCCCUGAGAGAACUAGACGAACGAAACCCUGAAGCUGUCACGCAGCUUGGAUCGAUGCUUUUCACCAGACAAGUUUCCGGAGCCAGAGUGGUGUCUCUUGGGACUGUGCAAACCGUGAGUGGGUAUACCUUCAAAGGGUUUAUGGCCCAUGCAGACCAAUAUCGUUGCUCCUACCUCAAUGCCGCCUCAGCCAUUGGGAUAAAGAAGGAAGAUGUGGAGAUGUUCCUGAAAAGGCUCGACAAAUGCCUGAAGGCCCUAAGAAGAGGAAAGGACCAGCAAGAUGGACCACUCCCGCCCAACAUAGAUAUGGAUGCUGAUAUGGAAAAAUGCAAGAUAGGCGAAGGAGAUGAUCCCAAAACAUUAUUUGCAGCUUAGAAUGUUUUUUUUUUUCUUUUUAAAAUAGAAAAAUAAUCAGAUGUGAAUGAACUCAGGGCCUUCUCCUGCGUUGUCCCGUUGAAAUGAAUAAAGAAAUCGUUAUGCUCCCUUCCUUGGAUUCUAUACGUCCAAAAGGGCAUUUCAAUUUAAAUUCACCUUUAAAAUCCCAUGUUAAAUUGUCGACAGCUGAGCUGAUCAUUUAGCAUUCCUAAAAAGAAUUGGGACAGUCACCAGGACAGACAAAGAUUUCAGUGCUUUGCAUUCAAAACAAAUAAAAUAAUUUAUAUUGGCACAACAUGCGCCAUUGGCGAGGGCUGCCAAUACAAAAUUACACGUUAAGGGCAGAUUAUGUACCUUCUCAAAUUCUAAUUUCCCCUGGGAAGUGGCAAAGCAAUAUGACAUCCCCAAUAAUAAAUUCUAACCAAUGUUAUAGGUUCAGUUCCAGGAAAAUACGCUGGCAUGUCGGGGUGCAAACACAGCAUUUACUGGCAGCUCAUUAAAGCAGCCACAUCUUUUCCCAACAUUCAAGCACACUGAUUUGGUAUGCGCCUCUGCUUUCUGGGAACUUAACCCAAACUGCUACAAAGCUCCAUGGGAGAGACAAGAGAAGAUAGUUCACGUGUACCUCCUUGCCUUAAUACACUGUUCACCCUUGUUUCAGCCUACUCAGUAAAGCAUUGAUGAUAUGUGCCGUGUAAAUUAUUUAUAUACGAAGCUGCUGCAGUAGUCAUUGAUAAAUAAAUGAAAUAGUCCCGUCAGUGGUGCCAGAAUCACAAAACCAUUCUCAGGGGUGAGGAAGCUGUAUCUCUUGUUCCAACCUUUGACAUAAACCUUCACAGACCAUUUAUUUUGAGACAGCUUCUGUGGAAUGACACGGAAUUUCAUUGACUUCAUUAAAGCAGCUACUUGUUCCAUUAAAGCAGCUACUUGUCUCAUUUAAAGUAGCUAUUUGUCUCAUUAAAGCAUUCAUUAAAGCAGCUACUUGUCUCAUUUAAAGUAGCUACUUGUCUCAUUUAAAGUAGCUACCUGUCUCAUUAAAGCAGUUGUCUCAUUAAAGCAACUACUUCACCAAAAUCAUUUAGUCCUAUUUCAAUUUCUAUCUUGUCCUUAAAUUAUUCAGAAAGCAAAUUCU